GCGCUCUCGUCUUCUUACGCUGUGCGCUCUGACAGUCCCGCUCUCACGUGUUGUGUGUGUAUAAAAGGGUCCCAGUCUCUGCUCAGAAUGUCUAGUGGGUCACCAGACAAACGGCGAAAGAUGGAGUCGGCACUGAACCAGCUGAAGAAGCACACUGUGGUGGUGGCAGACACAGGAGACUUCAACGCCAUUGACGAGUACAAGCCUCAAGAUGCAACCACUAACCCAUCUCUUAUCCUGGCUGCUGCUAAGAUGCCAGCCUACCAGCACCUGGUGGAUGAGGCCAUUAAGUAUGGCAUUGCCAAGGGCGGAACUGAAGAGGAGCAGGCAGCCAACACUAUGGACAAACUGUUUGUGGAUUUUGGCCUGGAGAUCCUCAAGAAGGUCCCAGGCAGAGUCUCAACUGAGGUGGAUGCCAGAUUGUCUUUUGACAAAGAUGAAAUGGUUGCAAAAGCCCUGAAGCUCAUUGCACUUUAUGAAGAGGCAGGCAUUGGCAAGGAGCGCGUUCUCAUCAAGUUGUCAUCAACAUGGGAAGGAAUCCAAGCUGGCAAGGAGCUUGAGGAAAAGCAUGGUGUUCACUGCAACAUGACACUGCUGUUCUCUUUUGCUCAGGCUGUGGCCUGUGCUGAAGCAAAGGUAACGCUUAUAUCGCCCUUUGUUGGACGCAUCCUUGACUGGUAUAAGGAGAAUACAGGUCGCAAAAGCUACGAGCCACACGAAGAUCCAGGUGUGCUGAGUGUGACCAAGAUUUACAACUACUACAAGAAGUUUGGUUAUAGCACUGUUGUGAUGGGGGCCUCCUUCAGAAACACAGGGGAAGUGAAAGCCCUUGCAGGCUGUGACCUGCUCACCAUCUCCCCCGGUCUGCUGGCAGAGCUCAGCCAGGAUCACAGUGUUGUCACGGAGAUGCUCAAUGUGGAGAAAGCUAAAGCCUGUGAUCUGGAGAAGAUUCACCUCGAUGAGAAGGCUUUCCGCUGGCAGCACAACGAAGACCGCAUGGCUGUGGAGAAACUGUCUGACGGCAUCCGAAAGUUUGCUGCUGACGCCGUAAAGCUGGAGACCAUGAUCAAAGAGAAAAUGCUGAAUGUGAAAAACGGACAGUAGUUGUCAGAUGUUAUCUCUGGCCCUGUGACAGAAGGUGUAAGGAGUUAAGAUGGUACCACCUUCUCGAAAGGUCCAAUGUACCAGAAGGCCUCCUUCUCCUCCUCUGACCAAACUCCAGGACUUCUCAUCCAGAACAGGCACCUUUCUCUCUCGGGCUUGUACUGACCAACAAGCUUGUUUAUAAAAUUGUAUUAAUAGAAAUUUUUACCAGAAAGGAUAAAAUCAGCCUCAGUGAAAAGAUGAGGCUUUUUCUUAGUCUCUAUGAACACAGUCAUGUGACUACUAGAAGGGACCACAGAUGCUUUUUGGCAAGACAGGACCACAAUUUUGGCAUUGACUAUUUCUUUCUACCUUUUCUUUAACCAUGUAACAAUUACUUUUCUACCCAUCAUUCCUCCAAAGAUUACAUUCAUGCCCUUUCAAUAAAUAAGCAUCUGUCUUCA